AUGGCUCACGUUGUAGAGGCGGAGCCUGAUGAGGAGGAGGAGGAGGAGGAGGCCACAGAUCGUCAGUCCGAGACGUCUGCCGAGGAGGAGGGUUCCGGUCUUGGUCCGGGGAGUGGGGAUGACGCUGAGGGGAAUCCUGAGGACGACGGUUCUGACCCAGAUGAUGAUGAUGGUGCAGAGGCUCCAAAUUUCCUAAAGUUACCAACAGGAACUAAGAUCCUUACCCCAGAAGAACUUAAGGGAAAAUGUACUGAACAGGAUCCAAGAACAAAUAUUCGAAAAGGGGAGUUUAAAGUUUCCAGCCAAAGAAAAAGGAAGUUAUGGGGAUUAUACACCAACCCGUUUCCAGAGAUUGGGAAGGCUACAACCAAUGUUGGCAAUACCAGAUUUCCAAAACCUAUCCUUGAAGGAAUUGAAGGAGGUUAA